GGGCGGAUCGUCCCCCGGCCUCCCUGUAUGUGAGAGACGGGGCCGGCGCCUCGGACGGAGCCGGGCCGCGGGAGGGCUGAGCCGGGAGCCGCCGCGGGAGGAGCGGAGGCUUCGGGGAGCGCUUCCUGCCCACCGCCGUGCGCGGCAGCCCCAGCAUGGAAGCCAUCGCCAAGUACGACUUCAAAGCCACCGCGGACGACGAGCUGAGCUUCAAACGGGGCGAUAUCCUUAAGGUUUUGAAUGAAGAAUGCGAUCAGAACUGGUACAAGGCAGAACUCAAUGGAAAAGACGGCUUCAUUCCCAAGAACUACAUAGAAAUGAAACCACAUCCGUGGUUUUUUGGAAAGAUUCCCCGAGCGAAGGCUGAAGAAAUGUUAGGUAAACAGAGACACGAUGGUGCCUUCCUCAUCAGGGAGAGUGAGAGUGCUCCUGGGGACUUCUCUCUCUCAGUCAAGUUUGGAAAUGAUGUGCAGCACUUCAAGGUGCUUAGAGAUGGGGCUGGCAAGUAUUUCCUCUGGGUGGUGAAGUUCAAUUCUUUGAACGAGCUGGUAGAUUAUCACAGAUCCACAUCUGUCUCCAGGAACCAGCAAAUAUUUCUCCGGGACAUUGAACAGGUGCCCCAGCAACCAACGUAUGUUCAGGCCCUGUUUGAUUUUGAUCCCCAGGAGGAAGGAGAGCUGGGCUUCCGCCGCGGAGACUUUAUCCAAGUCCUUGACAAUUCUGACCCCAACUGGUGGAAGGGAGCCUGCCACGGACAGACGGGCAUGUUUCCACGCAACUAUGUGACCCCAGUGAACCGGAACAUCUAGAGAUAAAUAUUAGAGAUUAUUUAAAGAAACCAGAGAAACAGUAAAUACACAUACAGAGCCUAACUGCAGCCAGUGACCUAAAAUCACACGGCGAUAAAACCUGAGUCACCUUUCACCGUGAGGUGAUCCUCCACUCAGUACGGAACUUCAGGGGUGGCGGGGGGGAAAAAAUUCAACUUACACCCCAAAACUUAUCUUUAA